AUGAAAUUUUUUACCAGGACAUAUAUCACUGUUUUAUGGAGGUAAUCUAAUGUCUUUAUCACCAUUUCAUCCAUAGCUUCACCUAAAAUGACACCUGGUGUCAUUUCAGUCCUCAUUUCAACAACCAAUGGCACAAUUCUGGCAGAGACUUUUAUUGACUACUGUGGAGAAGAAAAGGAAGGGAUUUGGAAGACUAUCAAAAGAAUUACAUCUGACGCAAAUCUACAGAAGAUACUAUUGCUACUGUACAUGCGAAAUAAUUCAGGUGGAAAGCCUGGAGCCUGUGGUAGUGGAAGAAGGGAAGAUGGAAGCAAUGAUGGUGGAGCCAGUGGAGGUGGAGCCAGUGGAGGUGGAAGCAGUGGAGAAGGGGCCUGUGGAGGUGGAAGCAGUGGAGAAGGGGCCAGUGGUAGUGGAGUCAGUGGAUGUGGAAGAAAUGGAUGUGCAACCUAUGGAGGUGGAACCACUGGAUAUCAAUACAGAAGAGAUGCUUCUCAACCGGACUCAGAUGUAGAGUCAAAGUUGUAUGAGCUUAUACAAAAAUGCAGUGUGUGUAUCUGGACACAGGAACCAUCUGUCACACAAAAUAAAGGUAAAUAUAUGAAAGAACCAAAGUGUAGCAAGUAUAAAGUUGACAUAAUAGUUUUAUUGAACCUAUCUUAG